AUCUGUUGGAUUAACCCAUGCUGAAAUGCAACGUUUAUGUUUUGGUUGUCUUUGCUUUCUCUUCCUCAUUCUCAAUGAUUAUAUUUUUGUGCAGAAAGCCAGAUUGAAGAUCGGUUGUUGUUCUUUCGAAUGUACUUCCGCUGUUUAAAAUCUGUCCAACUUGUUGCAGAAAACGUUCCUGAAACAUUCGACUCUCCCCUGCGCUUUAUUUUACUGCAGCUGUUUCAACCUAAACACAGGGUUAUUGUUGGGACUUCUUCAUGAUGCUGUGACUGAUUCUCCCUUUUAAUAAACAAAUAUGGCAACUGCCAAAAAAGCUUCCUCUAAGGCGAGGGGCAUUCGUUUUGCUGAGGAAAAUGCUGCUGCUGCUCACUCCCACGUGCACUUUGAUGAGAAGCUGCAUGACUCUGUUGUCAUGGUGAUUCCUGAGUCUGAUGGGAACUUUUUGGUGAAGGUGGGCUUCCUGAAGACUCAGCACAGGUAUGAAAUUGUCUUCACAUUGCCAGAGGUUACAGGACUUGGAAAAGAUGUGUGUCCGGCUCCUGUGCCCAACCUGUACCUUCAGAUUAAAGAUCUUACUGCAACUCCUAAUGGAGGUUUAAAGGUGACUUGUGAGUUUGUGGCUCACAAGGAGGGGGUGCUCUUUGAGGAAAUGCUAAUAGUCAGUGAGAGCAAAGAAGAUGUGUGCCUGAAGGUCAAAGUUCACGCUCGUGUUAUGGAUCGACACCACGGGACACCGAUGUUAUUAGAAGGGGUACGGUGUGUUGGAGCUGAGCUUGAGUAUGACUCGGAGCAAAGCGAUUGGCAAGGAUUUGACUAAUUGGUGACCUUCUCUUCUCAAAUAUUCUCAUUAAUACAGUGUAAUUGUUGGAAUAAACACACACAGUAUAUUUACAGCACUGUGCAAAAGUCUUAGGCACCCUAUGUAGUACAAAUUUUAUUGUAGAUGUUUGACUUCUGCGUUAUUGAGUCAGUACAAAAACAUUUUCUGUUUCCAAACGUUUAAAUUUUUUAUUUUUGGGAAAAAUUACAGAAAAAUGUUUGUAUAUCAGUAAAGAAAGCAACAUCAUGUAGACCACUUCUCAGACAAAAAAAAAAAAUAUGAAAGUGCUAGGUUUUGCAUGCAACAAAAAGAAGCAAGUGUGACAGGCGAAGUCUCCAGAAGUUUGGCUGAUUUGCCAAGCUGCUCAGCAAAACUAACCAGGCAAUUUCCUUGUAUAGUUGCACAAAAUUUUACAGUGAGACUACUGAUUUUUUUUUCCCCCUUAUUUCUCUCUUUCCCUUUCCUUGAAGCAGUUUCAUCACACCAAAUAUUGUCUGUUUCGUUUCUUACUGGUUACUCCUCUAUGGUGUUUUAAGUACAAAUGUUUUUCAUUUUUUCUGAAGGCAUCUUUACAGCAUGUGCCUUUUGUAUAUUUUUAUUUAUACGCAUACAGUACCAGUCAAAAGUUUGGACACAUACUCAUUCAUAGAUUUUAUUUUAUUGUUUUUUAAUAAACGAUUCAACUUCACCUAGCAUUUAAAUCCUCUCCAAUCAUGGUCAGCCAAGAUUUUCCAACCACGUUUCUUCCACAGAUUUGAUAGUUCGCCACUAGCCUUCCAGGUUUUAAUGUUUUGGACAGUUCUUAACGCAGUUCCAAUAAUUUCAGCGGUCACCUUAGUUGUUUUCUUUGCUUGAUGCAGGACAGAAAUUUGAAACACCAUAACAUCUUUGCCAUGACCAUGGGCUACAUAUUCUGACACGGUUGUUUUAAGAAAUGAGAAACUACUCACUGCAUAAGUUGGGCUUCAAAGAAUUGUUGCCAGCUGAAAUAUAUAAUAUACACACACAUAUAUAUGUAUGUGUCCAGGGUGUAUCCCGUCUUUCGCCCGUAGUCUGCUAGGAUAGGCUCCAGCUUGCCUGCGACCCUGUAGAACAGGAUUAAGCGGCUAGAGAUAAUGAGAUGAGACAUAUAUAUAUACACUGUCCUGUAUACAGUACCAGUCAAAAGUUUGGACACCUACUCAUUCGUGGGUUAUUUAUUUUGAUCAUUUUCUCUACUGUAUAAUAAUACUGAAGGCAUCAAAACUAUGGAAUUGUGGUAAAUAAGUGUUUAAAAAAAGUUUCAUAUAUUAGCUUUUUCAAAAUGGCCACUAUUUACCUUGACAGCUUUGCAAAUAAUUUGCAUUAUCUUGACCAGCUUCAUGAGGUGGUCACUUGGAAUGCUUUUCCGUUAAUAGGUAUGCCUCCUCCUACAUUAAUUUGUGGAAUUUUUUGCCUUCUUAAUGUGUUUGUGAUCACAGUAAAUAAUUAAAAUAUAAUAAACAGCCCUAUUCCACAACUGUAGUUAUCCAUAUUAUGUCAAGAGCCGCUCAACUAAGAGAAAUGGCAGGCCAAUCAUUAGUUUGAUAUGAAGUGUCUUUAUUUAUUUAAUUUAUAAAAAUAAAUCAAUUGAAUUGGGUGUGUCCAAACUUUUGACUGUAUAGAUGUACACAUAGUCUGGUUUUGCUUACAUACUUGUCACUGAGCCGUGUGUGGGUGGGUGGGGGUGGUUGUAUUUUUCAGUGUGACUGCUUGGGACAUACCACAAACAAUUCACUUCCUUUUCAGUUUACAGUUCCUGUAGGGGGCAUUAUUGACUACAGAUUUAACAGUUAACACAGGUGUGUGGCAGAGCAGCAAUUACAGAUGACCAUUACGUAAAUGGGCAAAGACUGGUCCCAUGAAAAUGGUAAAUGUGCCUUUUUUUUUUUAAAUGCAAAUGAUCAUUUCAUUGUCAAACUUCUUAAACAAUUUGGAUAACUUUAUUUUAUUUAGCAGAAAAGAAUUAUAUAAACUAUGUGCAGCAUUCCCUCUUGUGCUUCAUCCUGGUAUACAAGGGCUUAUUCAUUACAUAAAAUGUGGUACUACCUUUUGUAUUUAAGGUUAAUGGGUUUAUAUUAAUUUAAGUAAGCCUAAGUGCCUAAGUCAUUUGUUCUCUCAGUUCUGCAAUUCUCCAUAAGGCCCAGUAACUGUCUUGUCUCCAGUUAAUCCAAAACGUAUGAGGCCUUACUUAUGCAUAGUAAUGCGACACUGAUUUUAGGGGAGGAAAAAAAAAACUAUCUGUACUUUUGAGGUUAUCCAACGUUCUUGAUUGUAAAUGCAUGUCAUUUGUGCAACAUGAUUCCUCAAAGUGAGAUAUUUGGUGUCUGUGCGUUAAUGUUAUUGGAAUGUGAUGUUACCUGUACGGUACAUUUCACUUGCUCUGCAAAAUCUGUUCUAUGUAAAUACAAACUUGCAUUCACUGAAAUUUCUCAACUGUCUGUUUUAAUCAAAUAAAGAAUAAUGUUGCCUGCA